CUUAAGAAUGCAUUGAAACGUAUGAAUGCAAAUGAAACAAAUCUUAUAAUAAAAUUAGAGCAAAUGUUAUUACAAUAUCGUGCAACACCACAUACUAAUACGAAAGUAUCACCGGCUGAAUUAUUUUUAGGACGAAAAAUGCGUACAAAAUUAGACCUAAUCUUUCCGAAGAAAGAGGUGGAUAGAGAUACAGUAAAUGAAGCAAUAAAUACGAAAGAAUUUGCGAUAGGAAAGCGAAUAGCUUGUAGAAAUUAUACAGGAAGCAAAAAAUGGAAAUUUGGCAGAAUAAUAGAAAGAAUAGGUAAGCUACAUUAUAAGAUAAGAUUAGAUGAUGAUCGAACAUGGAAACGACACGCGAAUCAGCUACGCGGAAUCGGAGAUCGGACUCCAAAAUUAAAUGAAGAUAAUAAUGUUCAUGGCCCGAUUGAAGAAGUUCUGGGUGAUGACACUAUACCCAAUAAUGAAAUAGAGGUAGAACAAACAGGAAACGAGUUUGAAACUCCGGCAAGCCCCGCUACUCCACCACAACCAGAACACAAGACAGAUCGAAACUUAGUAGAUAUAAGGGAAGAUAUACGUCGUUCGGCGAGAACACGUAAACCUCCGUCACGUUACGGGGACUUCCUAGAACCCUAAAGGAAGAAUUAUAAUGUUAAGAGAAUAUUUUCCAUUUAUUGUAACCGCAACGUAGAAAGUAAGCUUCUCCUUGAAGGGAAGGUGUUGUGGAGAUUCGUAAUGCGCGCGGAUUAGUCUACUAUAUAGAUAUGUGUAAUUGAGAAGCCGCAGCGAUCAUUAACGCUACUAGGCGGCGCGUCAUGUAGCACCGUCGGAAGGAGCACACUUGU